UUCGGUUGGCUCGAUUCGACUGUCGGUGUUAGACAAGAGGUUACUCUUGUAUAACCUAUUUUGAUCGCAUUGGCGAGAUUAACUGUUAAUUGGUUAGAAUUAAUUAAUGCCUCAACUUUUAAUUACGCAUUUCGAGAUUUAAAUGUAUGUACAAACGUGAUAUAUAUAUACUUAAUUGACUAUUAAUGCAGUGAAUUCAUUAAAUUGCUGUUGUAACGUGUCAAUUAUGUUGUGACUGCCCACAUCGGGCAGGGUGAGAAAUUACAUAUCAAUAUGCUAAGAAACAAAGAGGGCUUGUGAGACAAAUAUGACCGACUCGACGCAGCUUACUGGGCCUCCGCCCAUCUGGCCUGACAUCAGGUCAGAGCUGCGGGAAUUCAUCGAGUGCCCUGAACGAUUACCCAUUCAUCAGCUGGACAAUACCCAGUGUUACUGGCCACGCAAGGCCGACGUUCUUUCGUUGCUGGAAUUUGACCUGGCUCCGGUCAGUACCACCCUGAAGUUUGACCGCGAUCCAAUAACGGGCAAAAUUGGUGAGAUACAAGAGGUCAGCAUGCAAGGAGCGGGCGAGACAGCGAGGAAUUCCAUGUCUAUGACCCGUGCACCCGGAUCACUCGCCGACGGAGUUCGAGGUAAUCCCAGCAACAUUCCGUUUUGGCCUGGUGGUUUCGACGAGCCUGAAGUGCCUGUUGAUGAAAUCGUGGGCGAUAUCGACUUCGAGAAGAAUUUAAGGGCGCUGGCUAAGGGAUUUAGCUCGGGUUUGGAGUUCAAAAGUGACAAUUGCACCCCGAUCAAUUGCACGAACAACGAGGCGGAAGCCUCGGCGUCCGAGGGAACUGAAAAAUUAGUCAAUAACGAUAACAUAAACUUACUGGCUGUCGUACACGAGGAGGGAAAUUUGCUAGGCUCGUGGUCUUCGGUCGAGGAGACGAGGAAGGAAAACGUUCAAAUUUUGGACAGCGACGUUCCUUUCGUGGACAACUCCAUUUUACCCGAGGAUACGAAUAUACCUGUCUUGAAAAUAUCCGAGAAGCAAGCAGAACUUACGAAAACAGACUGGGCGGAGCAGCUGGACGUGUCCGCACCAGUGACAGACUUUGACAAGAGAAUAACUGACCCGGCAAUCAAAUUUAAUUACGAGCUGGACACCUUUCAGAAACAAGCCAUCCUGAAAUUGGAGGAGAACAGCAACGUCUUCGUUGCUGCGCACACGUCGGCGGGGAAGACUACCGUUGCUGAGUACGCCAUUGCAUUGAGCCAAAAGCACAUGACGAGAGUGAUUUAUACGUCUCCAAUAAAAGCACUGUCAAAUCAGAAAUAUCGCGAUUUCAAGAGAAAGUUCGAGAGCGUUGGGCUGCUAACAGGUGACUUGCAAAUAAAUCAAACUGCUUCGUGCUUAAUCAUGACUACGGAGAUCCUACAAUCGAUGCUGUACUGCGCGUCCGAUGUUCUGCGAGAUCUGGAAUUCGUUAUAUUUGACGAAGUGCAUUAUAUAAAUAAUGAAGAUCGGGGUCACGUGUGGGAGGAAAUAGUCAUUCUUUUGCCGCAGAAUAUUAAUAUAGUAAUGUUGUCUGCGACUGUACCGAACCCGAUAAUAUUCGCGGACUGGGUCGGCCGUAUCAAAAAGCGAAAGAUGUACGUGAUUAGCACUUUGAAAAGGCCGAUACCUCUUUUGCACUACUUGUACACUGGCACCGACGGCAAGACUAGGGAUGACAAAUUCUUAGUUGUCGACAGCAACGGCCAGUUUUUGUUGGACGGAUGGUACAAAGCAUCAAAUGCGUCCGAUAAAAAGAAAGACAAAACCCCGAAGGACUGUAGAAGAAAAAUUCAGAUGACGCCGAAACAGGAGGAGGUAUUGUGGAGAGCGUUUGUGAGCCAUCUUCAGAGCAACGAUAUGUUACCCGUUGUUGUGUUUACACUGUCGAGAAGACGCUGCGAUAUGAACGCUGCCACGUUGAGGAAUCUCGAUUUGACGACCGCGAGGGAAAAGCAUCAGGUGCAUGUAUUUUUCCAAUCUAACAUAAAACACCUGAAGGGUAGCGACAGAGAAUUGCCGCAAGUACUUAUGAUGCAAGAGCUCUUGGUAAAAGGCGUGGGUAUACAUCACAGUGGGAUAUUGCCAAUUUUGAGGGAGAUUGUGGAGAUGUUAUUUCAGAACGGAGUUGUGAAGUUGCUAUUUGCGACAGAAACUUUUGCCAUGGGGGUCAACAUGCCGGCGCGCACGGUGGUGUUCGAUUCCAUACGAAAGUACGACGGGAACAACUUUCGCACCCUUUAUCCGACCGAAUACAUACAGAUGGCUGGCCGUGCUGGGCGACGAGGUCACGAUACCACGGGGACUGUUAUAAUGAUGUGCAGAAACGACGUGCCGCAUUUUAACGACUUGAAACCCAUGAUGUGCGGUGACCCGCAAACGUUGGAGUCCAAGUUCAAAGUCACGUAUUCCAUGCUUCUAAAUUUGAGGAGAGUCAACGAAUCCGUUACGGUCGAAGCGAUGAUGCGCAAAUCUUUCAAGGAAUCGCCGUUGGCCUCGCAGGAAGCGUCGUAUAACAACGAAUUGCGGAAUAUCGAGCGCGAAUUGUCGAACCUGCCGCCUCUGACCGAGAUGCAAAAGAAGCUCUCCACGUUCUAUCACGAGGCGAUCGAUUAUGUGGAAGAUGUCCAAUUUCUAAACCCUUACUUUUUCAAUUCAAAGAAGACGGCGAAAAGUUUAACCGAGGGUAGAGUCUUGUUAAUAUCAUACGCGAAUCAUUACAACAAACUGGCCCUGUUACUGCAAGUUCAAUAUCAUAAAAACUCUACUCAGUACAAAGUCUUGAUACUUAAGGAUGCGAAUGUAUCCACCUUCGGAGUUGACGAGUUCAAGAAUCCUCAGAUAUUCGAGAAGUGGUGCGAGAUUAUCGGCCUAACGAAGAAAGAGAUAUUUGUCCCGAGCAUUAAUCCGUCCCACGAAGUUGUGACUAUAUUUUCGUGGCAUAUAUUGAAAAUAACUAAUUGCCAGAUAAAAGUUGACUGUUCUUUGGUAUUAAAGGAUUGGGAAAAGAGGCAGAUCUCACGAUUCAAGAAUGAUCCACCGGGACAAACGUGUCAGACAGCGGUUCAAGAAUUGACUUCUCUAUCGUUUAACGCUUCUACCAAUGCUCUUGUUCUACAGCCUUAUUUCAAGCUCUCGUCGAAAAAUGAUUUUCAACUGAGGAUACAACAUAGGGACAAAUUGAAAGCUAAGCUGGACAACAUGAAGUGCAAGGAAAUACCAAACUUUGAAGAACAAUUUAGACCCGUAUUCGAGCGGAAUCAGCUUGAGGACAAAAAGCGACAGCUCCAACUUAAACUCAGCGACGAGGGAAUGGCAUUGUAUCCAGAUUAUCUGAAUAUGGUAGCACUCCUGAAACAUUUUAGGUACAUAGACAAUGAUGAAAGAGUCGCCCUAAAAGGAAGAGUCGCGCUACAAAUGGGUAGUAACGAACUGCUGAUAACAGAGUUGAUCCUGAAAAAUGUGUUGACCGUUUUACAACCGGCAGAAAUAGUAGCGUUACUAUCAGCGCUGAUCUUCCAGCAACGCACGGAAUACGAACCUCAACUCCCGCCAAAUCUCACAAGCGCUUGCAAGAUAAUGACGGAGGUGCACGCGGAGUUGGAGCAUCUAGAGCAAUACUAUCAACUGUCGACGUUAUUACCGUUGAAUUUCGGCUUGGUGGAGGUUGUCUACGAAUGGGCGCAGGCCAAGUCGUUCGCCGAGAUCAUGAAGAUGACGGAUGUCCAGGAGGGAAUUAUAGUCCGUUGCAUACAGCAACUCGGCGAGACGUUACAGGACGUUAAAAAUGCGGCUGUAACGAUAGGCGAUCCGGUUUUGAAAGAGAAGAUGGAGGAAGCUUCAACCGCGAUCAAACGCGACAUAGUCUUCGCCGCGUCCUUAUACACCCAAGACUGAUCACGAAUGAACAAUUUACCUCUCGAUACUAUUGAUAAGAUCGAUGUAUUUUUUUAUAAAAGAGAAAAUCAUCUAGGUGUAUUACUACGAGUACGUUCUGUUUGUAAAAAAAUAUCCAUAAGAAUGUACGAUAUGUACAAAUAAUGUUUGUCGCAAUAAAGAUGAGUCGGAUAAACGUCACUGUUA